AUGCACAAGGAUAGUAGCAACCCAACCAAACCACGCCAAUAUCCUACAGAUAUACUACCAAACUCACGAGAGAUUGCUUCUGCAAAAGAUGAUCUAAAAGCUGACGAGCUGGCCCUGCAUCGUCUCAAGGUACUGGAGGAGAUCGCUUUCGGUGAACUGGAGGAUAAAAGAAGAGAAAUUCUCGAAAGAGUAGCAGAAUAUCAUGUUGAACGAGAUAUCAUUCGAGCAAACCAAUUUGCCGCUCUCAGUUUCAUAGCACCAAUCCGUCGAUUACCACUCGAAAUCUACAAGGAAAUCUUUCUCUUUGUCAACGCUCUCGAUUUACGGGGUAGAGCUGCCUGGCAUAUUUCGGCGGUCUGCCGUUUAUGGCGGAGGAUAGCAUUGUCAACCCCAAACCUUUGGUCGAAUAUUCGCUUCUACGGACACUUGGGGGUAUCACCAGACAUAAUCAGGCUCUGGGUGGAAAGAUCCGGAAGCAGUGUAUUGCUCGAUAUAGAUAUCGAGAUUUCGCGACGCGGGCGGUACUCUUCAAGCAAGAUCAAGCCAUCCCUUUCACGAUCUCAUGCUCUUUUGCCUCCAAGGCUGAGGGGAGCUCAGGCGCAUCCACCGGACGACAAUAUACACAGAACUGCCGCUCAAUGGGGCCAUGUUGCAUUAUUUUACCUCAUGGCUCAGAAACACCGUUGGAGGACAUUUUAUUUUGAGUCACUUGAGGUCUCUAUCGAAGCCCUUCAGAUGCUUCAAGGCAAAUCAACCGCAGGAGGGGACAGUAGCACUCCUGUUCUUCGUAAAUUGACACUUGAUCAUGUCAAUUUUUCAUGGAAUUCUGGUGUCUUGAAGGGAUUAACUUCUCUCAGGAUUAACUUCCCGGCUCCCAUGAUUUACCAUCCCCAUCCUGCUAGUAUGGACGCCAUCUUUGGAAUCCUGGUCAAUAACCCCGAUUUGCGGUCUCUUGACCUAUGUGUCCAAGCCCUACAGACAUCGGCGCUUCCUUCGGUUGAACCCCUCUCCCUCCCCAAAUUAACAACACUCUCUUUGGAAGGGGCACCCCACUUUACUACUCUCUUGCAACACCUCACACUUGAGGGUUUGAAAAGAGUCAAUAUUCGUUUCGAUACGCCUCAAAGUCACGAUUUUGGGCAGUCCUUCAAGGACUUGCUGAUCCGAUCCAACUUCCCACCCAUUGUCAGUCUCACUGUACAACAACCAUACAGGAUGCAAGAAACGAACCUUAUUUAUUUAGAACAUCUCGUCGAACUGGAAGAAUUCACGGUCUCACGAUUACCAAUGGAAGACAUUUUACUCGCACUCAGUGCGAACGACUCUGAUGGAAAGUUGGUUUGUCCCAACCUCAGAAAGCUCACCUUGCAAUAUUGUCAUGGGCGAAGGGAUUUGGAAAGCGUUAUUCCAAAGCUGAUCAAGUUUGUUGAAAAGAGGACGGGUACAAGAGCGAAUGGAGUGCAAACUGAUCUCGAACAUUUAAGGAUAUCAAAUUGCGGCUGCGUCAUAGCUGGCCAUACAGAAUCUUGGUUGAAAUCAAGAUUGAAGGAACUUGUGGUGGAAGAUUUUUCGGGUAGCAUUUGCGUGCCAUCAAUCCCACAGUUUGACUGGGAGAUCUUCACUUAA